AUGGGCACAUGGAAGGAUAUCCGGCCUCAGUUCUUGCCCGCUGUGAUCACCAUGUUUCUCCUCCUUCAGGUCCUUUUCUUAGUGAAUAUGUGCUAUCUUUAUGCGACGCAAUUCCGAAGUACCACCCGAUAUCGCAACUUCAAUCUGCUUUAUGUAGACUAUGAUGGUGGUGGUGUAAUUGGCAAGUCAGUGACAGAUGCCUACCAGCAAUUGCGAGGAGAAAAAUUCCCAACCUUGUUGCCGGAAUCUUCUAGUAAAUACGCCCAGCCAGAACAAAUUCGAGAAGCUGUUUGCCGUGGUGACUAUUGGGGAGCUAUCUACACCGCUGAUGAUGGAUCAGCUGGUCUAGCAUCGGCGCUGGAAAACGGGACCAGCCCGCCGACCUCUCUCACUUAUAUCUGGAACGGGGUGAGAUACCCGGUUUUCUCGCAGGCUGCGGUCUACUCCAACAUCUUGAAACUGAUUGAAACCACACGGUCAACUUACUACACCAACAACGGAUCUUCAGUCGCAGCAUCCGCUGACCUCUCUAACGCAGCCACCCUCAAAGCGUUCCUCGACCCCAUCCAGGCCGAAGAAAUCAACAUCAAGGGCACAGAGCAAGGUACAAGAGUCUUCUACAACACAGUAUCCAUGGUGAUGCCAAUACUCCAACAAUUCUUUUUCAUGUUGGCGCUGAAUGGGAUGUCAACGCACUUCGACACGUUCACCAGAUUGUCCUGGAAAGCUAACGGCCUGAUUCGCUUAAUAGCCUCGAUCCUCUACACCCUCACAGGAUCACUGCUAAUGACCGGCUAUAUCUGGGCAUUUAGAGAGACCUGGGGACAGCGAGAAAGUCGGUUCGCAUUGACUUGGGUCACCAUGUGGCUUCUGAUGCACACAAACUUCCUUUCUUUCGAUAUCACAACUGCUUUAAUCCCAAUUCAGUUCAUGCCAUUUCUUGUUCUGACUUGGGUCAUUCUCAAUGUCGCCAGCACCAUCAGCCCAUUUGAGCUGAAUCCGAAGUUUUUCCGCUGGGGUUAUGCUCUUCCUUCUCAUGAGGCAUAUCAAGUCCUCAUACAGAUCUGGUCUGGUGGGUGCAAUAAUCGGCUUUAUCGGGCGCUACCCAUUAUGUUCUCAUGGUGGAUUGUUCGUGUUCCCAUUGCAGUGGAUGCCAUGCAACAUCGUUGCAAAGCGGCUGUGGCUGCCCAGGAAGCCUUGGAUCAUGCAUGCCUGGGAGGUCAAUCCGAAGCUAAAUACACGGCAACGAACGAGACAGUGACGCCAGUAAGGGGACCGGGUCGCGAACAUGAGCAGAACGGGGACUCGGUUGAAGUUGUUCCUCUUCGUGAUAAUGGCCUAGGCAUGGAACCAUCCAAGUGA